AUGGACAUUGGUUCCUUUUACGCGCCCUCAGCCGAACGGCAUCGGAUGCAGUCAGGUCCGCAGGCCAGCGAUAACUCAAACCCCAAGCCAAAAGCUAGGCCCGGUGACACACGAAAGGCAAUGGUGGACAACAAAGGAUGGCGCAAAAAGAUAGGAGGUAAACCAAAGGAACUGCCACCCAUCAAUACCACAAGCGAUGAAACUGCUGUAACGCUGCCGUUGGAGUUACCAGCCGCUGUUGACUCGACCGAACGGCGCCGCCAUGGCUGGCGAAAGACGAUGGCGGCCAGUCGCCCAGCGACUCCAAUAACCCCAGCGCCACCUACACCAACUCCAGAAGACAUUGAAGACACACGGAGUGAGCGAACCGAUGAUUCUGCGCCCCGUCGCGAUUCUAAGCCGAAACCAAUACGCUACACUUCGCUAUUUACCACUCACAAAGAGGAGCCAUCUGGCCCAGACUUUGCAGAGCCAUGGAGUGUCGACGCUCCACCAAGCCACGAUCAACGGGCCUACGUCGAUCCGGUUGUGGUCAUGGAGUGUAUACACUCACAUCUCUGUAAGAACUACAUGGUCCCGGUUCCUCUGGAGUACAAUAGCGGCCUCUUCCAAAUCUUCGAUGACUAUCGAAAGUUACGAUCGCAAAAGGAACGCCUGGACAUGCGUGAAAGAAAAAUGCUCGAUGAUUCGUGCAAGCUGAAAGACCAAUGGUUUGAGGCCGAGGGGUGUUACGAGGCUGAGAUACACCGCCUUGAGUUGCUGAUCGCACGUGGAAUCACCGGAGUAACUGGACUCAUGAAAGCACGUCAAGGGACUGUUGUGGACCGAAAACGGGAGCACCGAAAGAUCAUCUCGACGGACCGCUACCUUCCUCAAUAUCUGCACAUGUCUCCCACAAAAAUAGACGAAGAGAUCAAGUUGAAGAGUCAUCAAGUACUCUUGAAUCGACCGACAUCGCUUUCAGGAAGAAUGACUGCUCUGUCUCGACAGCUCACACACACAGGAUUGUCAGAGCUACCAGUAGGGACUCCUCCUCGCCCCGAUCGAGAGUCAGCCUUGUCUCGAAAAGUGAAGAGCGAGCUCAACAUGACAGAUCUACACUACGCGGGAUCCUCGGACACUCUUUCGAAUUCAGUCACUUACAGUUCCACACUCCCAAUGGAUCCUGCACCAGAAGAGGUCACAUCGGACGAAAGCCUACUGUUGAAGGAUAUUGUGGAAUGCGACGCUUUCAUUGCCCUCAAGGAACUAGGCGUUCUUGUUGCACGUCGAAAGGGACUAGAUGUUUCAUAUUUUGUCAACGGGCUAAUGAGCUUGUUGACCUCCAGAAGCUCCAUGAAGACGGACACUGACCCCCGUGCUCACGAAUGCGAAACACAUAGUCCCGCGGCUAAGGGGUAUAACAACGUCUCUGCUGACGACUCGACACCUCGGCCUCCGUUGCGAAUGCCUAGAUCUGGGUCACAGCAGCCACUUGAUCAGGGGCGCCCGCGUCACUUUUCGUUCGAACCUGGAGACGACCAAAUGCGAGACGUUGAAGCUGGGUUCAAAACAUACGACUCACUUUCGCAAACUGACUCGACCGAUUCGGAAACAACUUCAUCAUCAGCGGCUUCUCGAGUGUUUGCUGGGGUUUUACAGACAAAUGAUAACUUGAUUCCACUCUCAUCGUCAUCGGGGACAGAUGUUCCAACGCCGUCUAUGAUCCCCAGUCCUGUACAAACAACAGCACGCGUUCGCAGAGAGAAUUCCACGUCGAGCCUACGGUCCAUAUUUGUCAAAAACAUCAAGGACGACCGUCACAGCUCUCGCACCAGUGUCCAGACAGCAUUCCGAGAGGCACCAUGUGCCAAUGCAUCGGUCAGAUCGAAGAGCAAAAGCAGCUCGAACCACAACCUACGUGCGGCAGAAUCGCCCCUGGGCUCAAAAGAACGAUUGGACAGUUUGGCAAAUCGACACAGCACUGCUGCUCUCGCCGCUGCACGAGCGGCCGAAGGCAAGAGCAACAAUUCAUCCCAGAGCAAUACACGAUCGUCCGUAGUCACGUCAUCUUCUCAGAAACUUCACACUGCAGAACAGCGAAGGUCCGAGAACAGCGGCCCCAGAACGCGUAACGACGCUCGUAAGAGUGAAGUUGAAUAA